AUGUGGCCCGUGCGCUCAUCCAACGACCACGAGAUCGGAAGCGGACGACAAAUUCAACCACCUCCAUCUCCUUCAGUUAGGAUUCUCUCUCCAGGGCGCUGUCUCGACUCUCGCCAAGCCCUCCGUGUAGAUGCUCUUGUGCCACUGCUUGCUAAUCACAGAAAUGCAUUUGUGACGAGCCCUGUCUUAGCAUCUGCCAAACAAUCACUAUCGUCUGGUAUGCCAGCUGAAACACCACCACUGCCCAUGCCGCUGCCUCUCCCCGGAAGCCCUGGUACGUCAUGGGCUGGUUUCCGCGACAGACUCAAGGCCAUCUUCAACGGGGUCGAUCCUCGCGUUUGCACCGCUUUCUGGUUCUUUGGAUUGAUCAAUAAUGUCCUCUACGUGGUCAUCCUCUCCGCCGCGCUCGAUCUGGUCGGUUCGGGCUUUCCAAAAGGCGUCGUGCUUCUGGCCGAUGUGGUGCCCUCUUUCGCGUGCAAACUGACAGCCCCCUACUUCAUCCACCUCGUACCUUACCCUGUCCGCGUCAUCAUUUUUGUCGCUCUCUCGGUUCUAGGCAUGUUAAUAAUUGCCCUCACGCCUGCAACGACCGAUGGCGGUGCUAUUUCUACAAAGCUGGCCGGCAUAGUCCUGGCCAGUCUCUCCAGCGGUGGUGGAGAACUCAGCUUCCUAGGGCUGACGCACUAUUACGGCCCAUUCAGCCUUGCAGCAUGGAGCAGCGGCACCGGUGCCGCAGGUCUAGUUGGUGCAGGAGCCUACGCCCUUGCAACAACUUCAUUUGGCCUGAGUGUCAAAUCCACUCUAUUGGCGUCCGCUUGUCUGCCUGCAGUGAUGCUCGUCAACUUCUUCAUGGUUUUGCCAUUGGAGCCGAUCCGCUAUAUAUCUCGCAUGCAAUCUGAGUAUCAGCCCAUAGCUGGUACGGAUGAUGUCGAAGAUGCCGACCUGGUUGCUGAACCGCGAGACGGCAUAGCUUCAAAGGCUACAGGAAACAGCGCAGGCUCAAAUGGAUGGGCGCUUUUAAUGGCCAAGCUUGAGCGCUCUAAAGGUCUUUUCAUGCCCUUUAUGCUGCCUUUGCUCUUGGUCUAUGUUGCAGAAUACACCAUCAAUCAAGGAGUCGCACCUACUCUUUUGUUCCCCUUGGACGAGACGCCUUUUAAACAGUUUCGAGCCUUUUACCCGGCCUACAACGCCAUCUACCAAAUAGGUGUCUUUAUCUCACGGUCCUCUACGCCCUUUUUCCGAGUCCACAACUUGUACCUUCCGUCUUUUUUGCAGGUGAUCAACUUGACGCUGCUCACCCUGCAUGCCUUGUUCAACUUCAUCCCGAACGUGUAUUUCAUCUUCCUCGUCGUAUUUUGGGAAGGCCUCCUCGGCGGACUGGUGUAUGUAAACACGUUUGCAGAAAUUGGCGAUCGAGUGCCGGCAGAGGACCGCGAGUUCUCCCUGGCUGCGACCACGGUGAGCGACUCCGGGGGCAUCUGCAUCGCCGGGUUUCUCGGAAUGGCCAUGGAAGUGUGGCUGUACCACGUCCUGGGUCGGCCGUCGACCCAGUUCCGCAAGAUCCAAGUGUUUUCCGUGGUGCUCUUCUGGUCUGUAUACUUAUUCAAAGGAAACCAUCAUGGCCCUCCAGGGAUUCGCGCCAUUUCGAGCAAGUUAUCAGCCCGCCUAACACCAUGGCAGACCAUGGUAGUAACCCUGCUCUGGCUGUACAUCUCGCGCAACUUUGCCAAAAUCAUGGGCUUUGAAAGCCCUGAACCGCUGGCAAAUCUGUACUCGCGGUCCUACUUCCGCGCAACCUGGGUGACCACCGCCCUCGAUGCUGGAUUCUGGACCGCCAUGAAAAUCCGGCCUGCCUGGCUCAAGGACAUAGCCUCGAUGGCGUUCUCCGUCUACUAUCUAAUCGCCGCCGAACGGGCUGACGAAAAAGUCCGGCGUGUGCGGGCGACUCUAACAGUCGAGCAUAUGCGGACUUCUUGGAAUAAGCCAACGACUCCGUACUUGUCCCUGCUGAGUACUCUGGUUCGCCCGCGGUUUAUGCGAUAUCCGCCGCGAGAGAUUAGGAUUCCGCGUCCGCGCGGGUCGUCGUACCGGGAACCAGUCAAUGCAUGGCUCUAUUUUGAUGGAACCCUUGCCGAGCUGCGUGAACAGAAUCAGCUGGUUCUGGAUGUGCCCGGUGGUGGGUUCGUGGCUAUGAGUCCUCGGACGGCGGAUGACAAGCUGCUGGCCUGGGCUGGCAAAACGCGAGUUCCGGUGUUGAGCCUGGAUUACCAAAAGGCACCAGAGUAUCCGUAUCCGUAUGCUCUGAAUGAAUGCUACGAUGUCUACCAGUCGAUAGUCCAUAGCCGCGGCCGGUGUGCCGGCCUCAGUGGUAAAAGCCGGCCACGUAUUAUUGUCUCUGGCGACAGUGCCGGCGGUAACCUGGCCACGGGCAUGAUGAUCAUGAUCCUGCAAUCUGGCCGAACCGAGACGAGAAGAUGGCAAGGAGAAACACCACUUCCUCCGCCAGACGGGCUGGUUUUGGUGUAUCCCUCACUGGAUAUGAACAUUGGCAGCUGGAUGACCGAGGAGCAAAUGUCUCUCAUUCAGGAGAGAGGCAUGCGCAAGACAAAUGAGAACAUCUUGAGACGGAAAAGCGAGGACUUUAACCGAUUGACGCCGUCCUCUUCCCACACGGAAGACACUUUUUUCCCUGACCAAAGCAAGAGCAAGGCAGACCUGUUGUCAUCAUCCCCAAUUGCCCCUGUUGCCGACGACAAAAACAACAAUCACCCCACGCAAAUCAAGACUCGCAUCGCCGUGUCUUCGAUGAUUUCCUAUUUUGGCGACCGAAUCCUAACACCAGAGAUGAUGCGCGCCAUGAUUAUUCUCUACGUCGGACCGCAUAACCGGCCAGACUUCAAGACGGAUUUCCUGCUGUCGCCCAUCCUCGCCCCAGACGCCAUCCUGGCCAACUUCCCCAAGACGUAUUUCCUCACUGGAGAGCGAGACCCGCUUGUCGACGACACGGUCAUCUUCGCGGGCCGCCUCAGGCAAGCCAAGCUGCUUCGAUUCCGCGAACGUCAAGAACUGGGUCUAGAAAAAUCGACACUCUCAUUCAACGAAAAGGACCAUGUCGAAGUCAACCUUGUCCCGGCCAUAUCGCACGGAUUCCUCAAUUUUCCGGGUCUAUUUCCCGAGGGAUGGAGACAUAUUAACAAAUGCGCGAAAUGGAUUGUCGAGCUGUUGGACCAAGCAGCCGAGCGAGAGCUGAAAGCAUCAACGUCGAGUCUAGCCGAGUCACUGAGUCAGGACCUGCCGAAACCAAGAGAGUCGGGGCAGUAUACCCUGGUGUCGUCUCACGAGAGAAGCAGGCGGAGUUCGACAGGCGAGUCAUCAGCAGACGAAGACCAUCCGUUGGAAAUGGGCGGGGGAAAACUGAUGCCGAUGACCAAAGCCCAGCAAGACAAGACGCCUUCUAGCAACCUUAAACAGUCAUCGAAACAAAACAAAUAUUCCAGCAACAAGAAACCUUCCGAUCCAUCCUCAGAUGCUUAUAACACAUUCGCCUUCCCGCUCACUCUUCCAAAGCUCAAAGGGGCAGCAUCAUCGCAGCCGGCUUCGGUAGAGCAGGUGCUUACAAGCAGUAUAAUGGAGAAUGGAUCGACUAUUACGCGCUUGCCUAGUGAAGAGGACUUGAUAGGUCGUCGCAUGAAUGGGCUUGCGGGGGGGUUGAUGGGGUUGGGAGAGGGUGUGAGGACGCCGUGA